UUCCUGGCAAAUGAGUCAACGGUCGCUGAAAGGAGCUCUACUCAUCAUGCUGCACCAGGACAAACCUGAGUUCCAGAUGCCGUACCAGUUCCUCACACUGCUGAUGGACAUCGAUGUCGCCCUCAUGAAAUGGCGGAGUACCCACAUCCACAUGGUACACAGGAUGAUUGGUCAGAAGCAGGGCACUGGGGGCACUUCCGGUUACGACUACUUGCGAGCUACCUUCAGUGAUGAUUACAAGGUUUUUCGGGACCUCUUCAAGAUGGCAACAUACUUACGACCUCGAACGGAAAUUCCCGAAGUUGCUACCCAACGUACCUAAACGUGGCAUCUGAUGAUAUAGCCAACCAGUCUCAAACACGUUUUCCCUGACACACACACUCACUCACGUACGCACAAACACCCAUAUAAGUAUGACCAAACGUUUAUAUUAUGUAUAUGAAUUGACUUUUGAUCUAAAUUCGAUCUUUUCGAUUAAUCCUCAUAUACAUCGAUCUAUAAUAUAUGUUU